UCUCCUUUCUUUUCUAUCAUAGCCUCCCUCCUUUUUCUGGCUCUACUUGGGAAAUUACCAAAAAUCUGGCAACUAUCAAGGAUCCCUUUCUUUGUCUGCCUGACAAGUCAGCUAUCAAUGGAUGGGAUAAAGAAUUCCUCCUGGCCUUACCAGUUCAAGCCAGAAGAUCCCUAUGGGAAAUAUUGGAAUAGCACUGAGGACUACCUGACUUUCUUCUGUGGCCCCCGGAGAAGUCAUUUAUUCCUGCCCAUGACAGUGGUGUAUGCACUGAUCUUUGUGGUCGGGGUCACUGGCAAUCUCUUAGUAUGCCUGGUGAUUCUGAAACACCAGACUAUGAAGACACCUACCAACUAUUACCUCUUCAGCCUGGCCAUCUCAGAUCUGUUGGUUCUGCUCUUUGGAAUGCCUUUAGAGAUCUAUGAAAUGUGGUACAAUUACCCAUUCCUUUUUGGCCCAGUGGGUUGCUACUUCAAGACUGCUCUGUUUGAAACAGUGUGCUUUGCAUCCAUCCUGAGUGUGACAACAGUCAGUGUAGAACGGUAUGUAGCCAUCCUCUAUCCCUUCCGAGCCAAGCUGGAGAGUACACGGCGGCGGGCCCUGAGGAUCCUUCUGCUCCUCUGGGUCUUCUCCAUCCUGUUCUCCCUUCCUAACACAGGCAUACAUGGCAUCAAGGUCUAUCACUUCCCCAAUGGGACCUUGAUCCCAGAAUCAGCCACCUGCACUGUGGUCAGACCCAUGUGGAUCUAUAACUUUAUCAUCCAGGUGACUUCUUUCCUCUUUUAUGUCCUUCCCAUGGCUAUCAUGAGCAUCCUCUACUAUCUCAUGGGACUCAGACUUCGGGGAGAUCAAUCUCUUGAGGCUGAAGAAAUGGCUGCAAAUGUUCAGAGACCCUCCAGAAAAUCAGUCACAAAGAUGCUGUUCAUCUUGGUCUUGGUAUUUGCUAUCUGCUGGACUCCAUUCCACAUUGACCGACUUUUCUUUAGCUUUGUGGAAGAAUGGACUGAAUCUCUGGCUUCAGUGUUCAACCUUAUCCAUGUGAUAUCUGGUGUUUUCUUCUACUUGAGUUCGGCUGUGAACCCCAUCAUCUACAACCUGCUCUCCCACCGAUUCCGUGCAGCCUUCCUAAAUGUCAUCUCCCCCUUGUGCAAACACUGUCACCCAAAGCAUCCGCCAAGUGGCCCCCCUGUUCACCAGGACACCUUCCUGCAUCGAGAAUGCCACCUUGUGAAUGAAGAGGCCAGCCCUACAUUUCCACACAGGAUGUCAAUCUGCAGCUCUCAUUUGUCCACCAUCCUCUGAAUUCCACUACCAAAGGUGACACAUGGUGAAGUCUAUAAAUCCAAAAGCUUCAUUCCCAGAUGCCAUGAUCUUUACAGAGUUUAGAACUUAGUGUUAUGGAAUACUUGACGUGAGGUUACAUUUGAUUUCCUGUUACCUCUUCCUUAGACUAUACUAUCUUUUAUAUAAGAAGAUAGUUAUUCUUGAAUAAGGUAACAUUUUCAAUCCACUAGUGGGGAUGGGCAGCAUAAAAUGAUCAACACUCUAAUUUGUCACCCAGAGCUAGUCUUACAAAUAAUUUGUAUGAUUCAAAGGAGCAAAAGUUAUGACUUCCCAGGUUAAAAAUAUCACUCUCAAUUCCAGAUAUUAAUCAUCAUAGCUUCAUUCCUCAAAUUUCAGUAUUCAGGAUUAAAAUGCAAAUAUCUCUAAGGGGGAUUGGAGCUUAAAGUUACAGAUAAUUUUUUUGCCUGUGUAGAUAAAAUUUUAAAGGCCUGCUAAUGUGUUGGCCAAAAGGGACACAAGAUAACUCCUCUUGGUGGAAAGAUAAGGAAGGCAGGGUAACAGAUGGAUGAGAUAAUGGGCGAGGAUAAAGUGAAAGGGAUAAAUUUGUAUGUAGGGAUAGUGAUAUAAUGGAAAAAGUCCUAGACUGAGCAACCAGAGAACUAUAUUAAAAUCCCAGUGAUAAUGUUUUCUAUGUAUGUGACCUUAGGCAAGUCACUUCAUCUCUCCAAAUCUCAGUUUAUCCUUCUGAAAAAUGAGAGUAGAGAAACAAUCCUUCUACUAUAUAUGUAGGCAUGUCAGAGAUCAAAUUGGAUAAUAUAUGUAAAAAAAAAAAGCUUUGUAAUCGUUAAAGUGCUAUAGAAAUGGGUACUACUUUACUGCUCCUUAUCUGUCUCUUAGGUUUUUUUUUGUCUUCCUGGGUUUCCUGACUACCAGCCUGAGACCCAGAGUAGACAAUCCAGGCUGUAUUUAUACCCAGAGAGGAUGGCUUCCCCUUUUUAAUUCUUUAUCAAUCUGUGUCAUCUGUGGGCAGAGGGCAGUCUCUAGUCUCAUCUCUGUUAAUUACUAUGUUGCAGUUGUUUGUCCUUCCUUCUUGAAGAGGACCAUGACAUUGGGGAAGUGAUGUCAUGACUUGCAGUGAAUUGGAUUUAAGUGAGGUAGGGCUAUGAAAAGUCACCAACCUCACGCUC